CCAUUGGCACCACCCAGCUCUAGCUGAGCUCUCACAGUACAGUACACACACUUGCUGCGUUUGUUUAAAGGCGAAAGAUUCUGACAGCCAGCGGUGGAGGGAUGCACUCCACGUUCAGACCGUCCCGCCCGCACAUGCGCCAUUGCUCCGCACAGCAGCUCGCCUUGAUCGGUUGACUGACACGUUGUACUGCUGCUGUUUCGAGCUGCAACUGCGCGCGCGGCCGGCGUGGUUGGUUGGUUGGAUGGUUGGUGAUUGCGAUGCGCGCGGCAGCUUCGCAUGGAAUGGUCUUCUUCUUCUUCCUCCUCAUCCUCGCUGACGCCUGUGCUGGCUCUAUAUAAUUCUGUUCCUCAGUUCCUCUACUGUCGUAUGACGCGAUUUGAGUGGUGGAUAAUUGAGUUGGGCUUGCUUGCUGAUUAAGGUCGGCAAUGGGGAAGGCGGGGAGGUGGCUGAGGAGCUUAUUGGCAGGGAAGAAGGACAGCGGCGGCAGGAAGGGGGAGAAGAAGGGACAGCAGUACUGUGACGACGCGACGCCUUUGCCCGAGCUGCUGCCGGCGGCCCCGAGGGACAAGAAGCGCUGGAGCUUCCGGAGGCCGGCGCCGGCGCCGGGGAAGGCCACGGCGGCGGCGGCGUUGUCGCUGUCGUCGACGCCGGAGCCGAGCGUGUCCGGCGCCGCGGCAGGCGGUGUUCUGUCGGUGUCGGUGUCGGAGCGCGAGCUUGAGCAGAGCAAGCACGCCGUGGCGGUGGCCGUAGCGACCGCGGCGGCCGCCGACGCCGCGGCGGCGGCGGUGAUUCGCCUGACGGCUGCGGAGGAGGACCUGUGGGCGAGUCCCGUCGAGGAGGCCGCCGCAGCCAGGAUCCAGGCCACCUUCCGAGGAUACCUGGCAAGGAAGGCUCUGUGCGCGCUGAGGGGCCUGGUGAAGCUGCAGGCGCUGAUCCGGGGCCACCUGGUGCGGAAGCAGGCCAGCGCGACGCUCCGCCGCAUGCAGGCCCUCCUCAUGGCGCAGACCCGCCUCCGCGCGCAGCGGAUGCGCAUGCUCGACUACGACCAUGCCCCCGCGCCCGAACGCCGCUCGCCGCAGCACCCCAGGCGCCGCCGCUCCUACGAGAUGGACAGGUCCGGCGAGGAGCACGCCAAGAUCGUGGAGAUGGACAGCGGGGAGCCGCCGCGGCGCGGGCGGAACAGCUGCUCCUACGUGGGGGCGAGCGACAACCGCCGCAGAGGGGCAGAGUACAACCACGCGGGCGGCCAGUGCUCCCCGGCCCCAUCUUCGUCCGCGGCGUUCACCGAGUUCACGACGAGCCCGCCACGCGCCGCUGCCUACUUCGAGGAAUUCGAGCCGGCGACGGCGCGCGUGAGCAGCCCGUACGUCGUGGGCGACGAGGAGGAGUCGUCGGCGUCGGAGCUCUUCUUCCCCAACUACAUGGCCAACACGCAGUCGUCGCGCGCGCGCGCCAAGGCCCGGUCCCAGAGCGCGCCCAGGCAGAGGUCUGACGACUCGCCCUCCAGGCCGCUGGAGCGGCAGCCCAGCCGUCGCCGCGGCGGGGCGGCGCCGGUGCCCAGGAGCGCCAAGAUGAUGCAGCGGUCGUCGUCGCACGUCGGCGUGCCGGCCUCUUCGUCCUCCGCGUACGCGCAGUACCAGCACUACUACCCGUGGUCGCUGAAGCUGGACCGCUCCAGCGCCUCGCUCAAGGACAGCGAGUGCGGCUCCACCAGCUCCGUCCUCACCGCCGCCACCACCGUCGGAUACUGCCGCUCCCUCGUCGGAUUCGAGGCGCACAGAAGCCAGUACUGAGUUCUUGGCAGCCGUAACAAAAACGAGUGGCGGGUGGCAGCUCAAGUGCCGAGAUACUAAUCCUGCCGACUGCACAUGUGCCAUGUCAAUCAAAUGUUCCAAAGAAUUAAAGGCGCGACAUGGCUUUGGUUUGGUAGUGAUACAAUUUCUAGCAGUGGUUCAGUAAGCAAUGUUUUCACACAUGACACAUCUAUUGCAGUGUUUCAGUACGCGACAUGUCAACUCUAUUCGUACCACAUCAGAUGAUCAGAGGUGUGUGAUGUGAUAAUAGACACACACACAUGUAUGCAUGCUUUCACUCGUGCCUAAUUCUCCAAACUCAUAUGCAUAGUUUCACACCAGUAGGUGCAGACAAGUAACCCGAAUAACACGGAAUUAUCGAUCCAUGUCUAAUUUUCAGAGGGACAAAUACUUUGGCCCUCGCGAGGGA